AAAGCAAACAAACAAGUCGAGUCGGCAAACGUGAACGCGUUGCGCACAAACCAGACACAAAAUGCAAUGCGAAUGUGCAGCUUGUGGGUGAGGUUAGCCGCGUAUUUCAGGCCAAAUACGAAACUAUUUUUUAAAAUUAAGUGUGCCCAUAACUUGCUUGAAGGAUCUGCUUAUCGUGAUUGGAUCAGAUUCGCCAAUAUGUAUCGGUCAAAAAGUUCACAUCACGAACAGCAAAAUGUUCACAGUUUGUAUCCAGAUGAUCCCGGAAUGCACAACACUGGUGCCCAGCAGAGUGGUGACCGGCACACAACCGUCGGCUACAAAUCUCAGAGCACGUUGUUGGAGCGUAUGUCACAGAGUUUCACCGGAGCCAUGCUCGGCAUCGGCAUGUUUGUUGUGUCUUUCUUCAUCCUUUUCCUGAAUGAGGGCAAAGCAGUACAGACAGCGUACUCUUUAGACGAAGGUCUACGCCUUGUCGUACCCAUCACCAACAACAAAGUCAUCUUCCAGGAAAACAACUACAAACUUGUGCAUUUGACGGGGAAUCUGAGAACAGAUCAGCCGCUUGUAGAUGUGCUGUUUGAUGUGAGUGUGCAGGCUGUCAAGCUGAGACGAGAUGUGGCUAUGUACCAAUGGGUGGAACACCAGAAGAAACGAGAAAUCGAUGAAGGAUCAGAGAUAAGGAUAGAAACAGAUUAUAUGUACACCAAAGAAUGGAAACCGUACGUUGUAGACGCCAAUGGCUUCAACAAUCCCGCCCACCAUCAGAAUCCAAAAGAAAUGCUAGUGCGCCCAAUGACCUUUGUAGCCAUACAUACCUACGUAGGCAACUACAUGCUGAAAGACAGUCUAAAGGAGAAAAUUGACGCAUUCCAGCCCUACGUUCCCAGCACACAGCCAACCAACCCAAAUGUCAAGCUCAUGGACGGGAUAUUUUACCAGGCAGAGAAUCCUCACCGGCCCAAGGUUGGGGACAUGAGAGUGACCUUCAGCUAUUCCGGGGUGAGCGGCGACAAAGAUUCUCCCCUCGGUCCUCCUGAUAAAGUUAGCAUAAUAGCCAAGCAGUCUGGGAACCAGCUAACAAAGUACCAGACAGAGGCAGGGGACCCUCUGGAACUAGUUCACUUCGGAGAAAAAACUGCAGAGGAGAUGAUUUUAGAUGAGUUAUAUUCUAGCAACGUGCUGACCUGGACAUUACGAGCCGGUGGCUGGCUGCUCAUGUUCCUGGGUUUGAACUUCAUGACCAACAUUAUAUACACCAUAGUUGACUGGGUCCCAUUGCUCCGCACCUUGGUACGCAUCGGCCUGACAGCAUUCAACAUCUGCGUCUCGCUCUCGCUAACCACCAUGACCAUUGCCUUGGGAUGGCUAUGGUAUCGCCCUCUAUUGUCCCUCGCAUUGUUAGCCCUCGGCCUUCUGCCUGUAGCUUACUCGUACAUCAAGGGGACAAACGUCAAGCAUGAUUCCCACGUUUAGUGGAUGGAGACUUGUAUAAUUUAGUUUGAACUAUAUCUCCUGUACAGCAUGAAGGCUGAACCUGAUUUCACGAAGCACUGCGUCGCGUCGCAACUCGAGUUACGACGUGUAACACGUCGCAACUCGCGACGCGUCG